CGGGUAAACAUCGUUUGCGAGAAUGGGACGAUGUUAAUACCCUGCACGGGGGCUAUAUACGUUUCUUUGUGAUUUAUAGUUUUUUUCUCUGUGUUUCACCAAAAAUAUACGUUUGGUGGUGAAAACUUACAUAUAAUAAAGAAUCAUGAUUCAACAUACAUUCCGAGUGAUUGCCAUUUUCCUCAUCAUUUCGUCCGCAGAACGAAUAUAUGGUCAAAGAAGCCAAUCCGACUGUGUCCGAUGCGACGCAUUCGGCCGAGAAUGGCCAACCGGUAAAUUUUCACAACGGGAGGGUUGUCUAAAAUAUAACUGCGAAUGCGCGUGUUCAGGCGCUUGGAAUUGUCCUGCUCAGAAUACAACGGACGUUUGCAGAGAAGAGCGCGUCAGUGAAUCAGUCUGUGGCACGUGCUGGGCCGGAAAUCUGGUCCGCGAGGGUAACCGCGAGUUCUCGUACCGCGAGGGAUGUUACGAGUACCAGUGUUUCUGUAACUGCGACGGUGGAUGGAACUGCCCCGGCAACAACACCAAAGACAUAUGCAAUACCAACCCAGACACCGGUUGCUAUUAUUGCGAAGUGGCUGGGGAGAAGCAUGAGGGAAACUCGCGGUUUAAGUACGUGAAUGGAUGUAUCGAGUAUGACUGCACGUGCGGAUGUGAUGGCGGCUGGAACUGCCCGGGUGAGCGAGCUAAGGACAUAUGCAAGAUUGAUCCCGCUUCCGGUUGUUAUUAUUGUGACGUGGGUGGGGAACGGUACAUUGGCAACGACUAUUUCAGCUAUGUAAAUGGCUGCAUUGAGUACAACUGUGUCUGCAAUUGUGACGGGUCGUGGGAUUGCCCGGGGGAGCGGGCACGGGACCUUUGUAGGCUGAAUAUGACUACUGGGUGCUAUUAUUGUGAGAUUGAUGAUUAUAUCUAUCAGGGAGGGUCGCGUUUUGAUCUCGUAAGGGAGUGUUACAAAUACCCGGGGUGUGAUUGCAAGUGUGACGGUGGAUGGACGUGCGCUCACACACAGGGGGAGUAUGUCUGUAAUCACCUUGGCGACGAGAAAACCACGUGCCAGACUUGUUAUCUUGGCGGGAAGCAGUAUAGGGGAGAAUCUAUGUUUUACUACGAUAGGGGCUGCCUUAGGUAUAUAUGCUCGUGCUCCUGUGACGGAAGUCUCUCCUGUUCGGCGGAUGAUGUCAGACACAUGUGCGUCAGCGACGAGAGCGAAAGUCGCGUGAUUGAGAGUCUAAUAGCUUCCGGAAGGGACGAAUCUGGAGCAGGAAGUGGCAUGGAGCACACUCGCGCGCCGAGACAAAUUGAGGAUUGUCUGCAAUGCUCAGUUGAUGGCCAACGGUACGACGCCUAUUCGACGUUCCAACUGAGGCGGGGGCAGUGCAACUUAUUCAUCUGUACGUGCUAUUGUAACGGUACCUAUAUAUGCCCAGCGGAAAGAACAAGAAACACGUGCAUCACAUCGGGGUCAGGUGGGAGCGGACAAAAUUCCCGCACUUCCGGUGGAGGUGGAAUUGAUGCAACUUCAGGAAGUUCUGGAGGAUAUUCAGGAUCAGGUGUGCGACAAGGAACCCGUGUGCCUGGAGUCAAUAGCGGCUCGGCGCGAGUAGAGGGCGCAGAAAUAACCGGCGUCUCUACAUGUCGGCGUUGUGAAUAUAACGGCAUGACAUUUGAAGGAAACUCGCGUGCCACGUUCGACCAGCACUGUUUCCGGUAUAACUGCCGCUGUGAGUGUGAUGGUAGCCUGAAUUGUCCGCACACUGAAUCCGAGUACAUUUGUCCUGGACCGCCACAGUGUAUCCAGUGCAAGGUUAAGGAGGGGCAGAUAGUUGACCCAGAUACGACCUUCACCUUCACGGAAGGAUGCCACUAUCACAAUUCAUGCAGAUGUCACUGCGACGGUAGCUGGAAAUGUGAAGAAGGCAUUUACACCUGCGAGCCGCUAGAUCAAGGAUGUGAAGUAGAUGGCCGGAAGUACGGCAGUGGGGCACUGUUUAACUACACACAAGGAUGCGACUAUUACACCGGAUGUAAAUGUGACCAGGACGGUAGCUGGAACUGUGGUGGCGGUGAGGGCACGGUGAUCGAUUUGUGUGGCCAAUGCCGGAAGUGUAAAAUAGGGGACAGGUACUACAGUAGUGGCACAGUGCCCUUCACAGCUGAAGACGGAUGCACGCGGUACCGGACAUGCACGUGUGAUUGUGAUGGAAAAUACGAAUGCUCUGGCGGCGUUUACACGUGUGACAGGGGCGACCAGCCACCGGAACAGACGUGCAGGGAUUGCGUGCACGGGGGACGGACGUACAGAAACGGCCAGAGUUACGACUACUCAACGAAAUGCCAAGCUUACCGACAAUGCACGUGUAGAUGUGGGACCGUCUCGUGCCGGACAGUGAGUGACACGUGCGGGGAUUGUCGCUCCUGUCGCGUGAAUGGGACCGAGUAUCCUGGAGGGUCAAAGUUCAACCUGAAAACCGGGUGUCGACAAUACACUGACUGCGACUGCGCAUGUAAUGGCAGAUGGGAGUGUUACGGCCGCAACUCCAUCGACUUAUGCGAAACUUGCAAGACGUGUAAUGUCGAAGGACGUCUACAUGAUGCCUAUACGUCAUUUGACGUCACAAAAGGCUCAUGGCUGUAUCAGUGUUUCUGCACUUGUAACGGAACCGCAUGGUGUCCGGGAACGAUCGCCGUGGACACGAGGACGGCUUCCGGAAGUUGCCAACAGUGUCAGGUGGAAGAAGGCAGCCGGACGCGGACCGUGGCCGGAAAUACCCACUUUCAGAUCAAGUAUAACGAUAUAGACUUAGUCUGCCGGUGUAAUUGUGACGGCAGUUACAUCUGUAUAGGCCAAUGGUAUUACAUUCGCGAGGACGUAAGCAUUUCCGGUUCCGCUAUUGGUAGCGUCGGCAGCGGACAAGUUAGCAGAUGUUUCACUUGCAGUAUGAACGGUCAGGUGUACGCUGGGAAUUCUAUUUAUUACGUUACUAGAGGGGGGAUUCGAAUGUCGUGUGAAUGUUUUUGUAACGGUGGUUUCCAAUGUUAUGGCGAGAAGAGAUUCGAAUAUUUAGGGUGCCGGCGGUGUUCACUCUAUGGAAAAAUGUAUAACGGAGAGACGAACUUCCCUCUCAUUUAUAAUGGACUGAAACUCAACUGCCGUUGCGGAUGUGACUCCUCAUACGAAUGUUUUGGCGCGGAAGGCACAUUAAUAAUCACGUGCCCAUACGGAAGUGCCUGUCUACCAGCCUCAUGUAGCCAAUGUCUGGUGGCGGGCGGGCCAUACAACGGAGGCGAUCAAUUCGGAAGCGUCUACAAGAAUCAGAAUUUAAUUUGCUCGUGCGGCUGCGAUGGUUCCUAUUACUGUGAAGGCGAUGGAGGCUUAAUUCUAUCCUGCAUUAACGGUCGGUGUACGGAAGUCGGCUGUAGCGCUUGCUCUAUAUUCGGUCAAAAUUAUCAAGGCGAGUCUUCCUUCAACAUCUACGCUGUUGGCUUACAGCUGACUUGUCAAUGCGCAUGCGGCGGAAGUUACACGUGUGCAGGUUCAGAGGGCGAGAUUAUGGUGCGAUGUCGCGAAGACGGAAGUGGCUGUCUCCCAAAUGUGUGCGCACCCUGCACAACUGGAUUACGACAAUACACGGGCCUCUCCGAGUUCCCAUACAAUUGGAAAGGAAUCACCUUUACGUGCAUAUGUGCUUGUGAUGGUAGCUAUUUCUGUACUGGUGUAUCUGAACGCGUUGAGAUUUCGUGCGUCAACGGGCAAUGUCGGCGUAUCGGCUGCGGUGAAUGUCGCGUUUAUGGGGAAUCAAUCGAUGGCGGGACCGAUUUCUCACUGAUCUAUCAGGGUAUGCGCCUCGCUUGUGAAUGUUCAUGCGACAGUGGUUACAUCUGUCGCGGUUCCUCCUUGGAGGUCAUUCUUCAGUGUAUUGCGGGGCGCGGCUCCGGAUGUCUCACUGGCCGUUGCCUUCCAUGUACCGCCGACGGACGCCAGUACUCCGCCUACUCCGAAUUCCGUUCACGAUACAACAGUAUCGAUAUAAUGUGUACCUGCGGAUGCGACGGUAGCAGCCACUGUGUUGGAAUCGGAACCAGCAUCGAGGUCUCAUGUUAUAACGGAGUGUGCAACAGAAUUGGCUGCCGCGACUGCAGUAUAUACGGUGUCUCUUUCCUCGGCGGAGCACAGUUUGAUUAUAUCCAUCAAGGUGAUAAGGUCACGUGUGAAUGUGAUUGCGAGGGCGGUUACACGUGCCGCACGCAAGGAGGUGUGGUGAUUGUUACAUGCAUCGGCGGUAUCGGUCCAGGGUGCCUGACGGACUCGUGUCGUCAAUGCGUCGCCAACAACAGGCGUUACGAUGGUGGCAGCUCCUUCCAAAUGGAAUAUCAAGGCAUCGCCAUGGAAUGCCGGUGCUCUUGCGAUGGUUCUUAUUACUGCGAAGGCGUAACAGAAGUAAUUAAGUUGGUUUGUGUGAAUGGUGUUUGCACAACAAGGGGAUGUACAUCCUGUUCACCGUUUGGGGUUGCUUACCCAGGCGCGAGUGAGUUCGACUUGGUCUACGCGGGCAUGGUUUUAGAAUGCCGCUGUUCAUGUAAUGGGGACUAUAGAUGCUAUGGUCAAAAUGAAGUCAUCGUUCUACAAUGUAUAGGCGGAAGGGGUAACUGCCUAGGGCAGACGUGCAAUUCAUGUAACUUACCCAGCGGACAAAUUAUACCAGGAGGUCAGACGGGAGUCAUGGAGUACCAAGGUAUCCGAAUGCGAUGUCAAUGUGGCUGUGACGGGAGCAUGAACUGUGCUGGAAUAAGCGUUAACGUCACUGUGAUAUGUAUCGGUGGCGUAUGUAACCCAGAAGGCUGCAGGCCCUGCAAUAUAAAUGGGCAGACGUACGAAGCGUUAACGUCGGUCGACGUCAUUCAUUCUGGGUACAGAAUAUCGUGUCGUUGUGACUGCUUCGGUGGCUACAAAUGCGAAGGACAUGGGCUCGACAUUGUAUGUCUAAAUGGACGCGGGAGGGACUGCCUGCCUGAAAGGUGCGACCGAUGUUCUUUCGAGGGUCAAACAAUACGGGCAGGGGCUACGUUCAAGUACCAGUAUAACGGCGUCGACGUGUCCUGUACUUGCGGAUGUGACAACACGAUAUUCUGUAUGGGGGUCACGGAGCUGAUCGAACUGCGCUGUAUAGACGAGAAAUGCUACCCGCUGAAUUGUAAAACAUGUUCGGCAUUCGGAAGAACUUUGACAGCUUUUUCAAAACACAAGUUCAUCUCACAAGGCCUCGAGAUCGACUGUCGAUGUGGAUGCGACGGAGGAGUCAUAUGCUACGGAGAAAGAAACAUUACCUGUCCGUUUGGAAGUUCCUGUUUCCCUGAUACGUGCGAAGUUUGCACUGUGGACGGUGUAAGUCACAGAUUUGGAGACCAGUUUCCAUACAGGUAUCGAGACCGCAUCGAUAUGACUUGCACAUGUGGAUGUGACGGUUCGUCGUAUUGCACAGGAAUCGAAGAAACUAUUAUCGUGUCAUGUAUUGGCGACAGAUGUUUUGUACCCGGCUGUGGGACUUGCAACAUAUUUGGUAAAGAGUACGCAGGUGGCACAAACUUUGACCUCGUUUAUAAAGGCCUUACUAUGCGCUGCGGUUGUGAUUGUGACACGGGCUAUCUUUGCAAAGGCCACUCAGAGGUUUUGGAAUGCCCAGCCGGAAGACGUUGCGUGAGCAACCGUUGCAGGAUGUGCCGAGCGAACAAUAUACGUUACGACGCAGGUCAGCAAUUCGAUUAUACUUACGAUGGAGUUGAUCUGGUGUGUACCUGUGGAUGCGAUGGAUCUUAUUCGUGCCACGGGAAGACGGUUAUCGAUAUAAUCGUUGCCUGUCAGAGACGUGGCGGGUGCAACCUGAUAAGCGGCUGCAGGGAUUGUUCAAUCUUCGGUGAUAUCUACAAAGGCGAGACGACCAGACGCUUCGUUUACCAAGGUUACUUUAUGACCUGCUCGUGCAAUUGUGACUCCAGUUUUAAAUGCAUAGGCAUACGUGAUCAAGUAAUUGUGGACUGUCCUUCAGGAAAUUGCUUAGGCAAUUGCGGAACUUGUAAUGUAAACGGGAGGGAAUACCAGGGAAACAGUGCAUUUGAUUUCGUUAUAAGAAGCAAGAACAUGCGAUGCACCUGCGGAUGUGAUGGUUCCUAUUGGUGCGAGAGCAAGGAUGACGAAACUGAAUACACGUGCAAUUCGAGUGGACAGUGCAAAUGGGAAGGUUGUGACACGUGCAUGUCAGAUGGGCGCCAAAGAGAAGCGUAUGAAACAUUUGAGAAAACCUACGACGGUAUACGGAUGAGCUGCACGUGUAGUUGUGAUGGAACGUAUCGAUGCAUUGGUGUUGGGGUAAAAAUCAUAAUUGUCUGCACGGGAGAUGUGUGUAGCACUGAAGGAUGCAGAUCAUGCAUCCAUGGAGGUAAAGAAUACAAGUACGGAGAAGCGUUUGAAGAGGGCGUGAGCGGCGCUUAUCGCAAGAGAUGUCAAUGUCAAUGUAACGGAAGCCUUAGUUGCGAGGACAUUCAACGACCGCAGUGCACGAACUGUGAGAUUGACGGUGUAACCUACAAGGGGCAUUCAAGAAACCGCGUGUAUAGAGGAAAUGCUCCAUACGUGUGUGACUGCUUCUGUGACGGCCGACACGAGUGCUACCCCGAGCAGCGGCCAACAUGCAGCCAGUGUGACAUCGGCGGCCGGAACUACGAGGGUAACACUCAGUUCCAAGCCGUACUGGAUGGUACGACAAUGGACUGCACUUGCGAUUGCGAGGGGAACUUCGUUUGCAGAGGCGGCGGACGGGAGUGUACUACACAAGGCGGCUGUGUGUCAACAUGUCGUCAAUGUAAUAUCGAUGGACAAAUGUUUGAUAGCGCCACUGCAUUCAGGGCUACAGUAUUUAGUGAAUCGAUGGAAUGCGCCUGCUCAUGUGACGGUACGUAUACAUGUCGUGGUGAAAUGCGCACUUGUUCAUCUGCUUCCGGUUGUGUUAGCAACUGUAGAAUGUGUCUCAUUGACGGGCGUGAAUACGAACAGAGCUCCAAUUUCCAAGCUAGUAUUGGCCGAAUCGUGUUCAGAUGCUCUUGUGACUGUGCUGGAAACUACAUUUGUGAAACAUCUACUCGUCGCUGCACCAAUGAUGGAUGUGUCGACAUUUGCUCUACUUGCACAAUUGGUGGACGGGACUAUCCUGGCGGUGGUUCCAAGUUUGAAGCCGUGUUGGAAGGGACAAGAAUGGAAUGCACGUGCGAUUGUGAAGGAAACUUUGUGUGCAGAGGCGGCGGACGGGAAUGCACGAGUCGAGGAUGUGUUCCUAUUUGUCGUCAGUGUAAUAUUGAUGGAAAGCUAUUUGAUAGCGCCACUGGUUUCACUUCUAUUGUAUUUGGUGAAACUAUGCAAUGCACGUGCUCAUGUGACGGUACGUAUACAUGUCGCGGUGAAUUGCGCACUUGCUCGUCUGCUUCCGGUUGUGUAAGCAACUGUAGAAUGUGUCUCAUUGACGGGCGUGAAUACGAACAGAGCUCCAACUUCCAAGCUAGUAUUGGCCGAAUCGUGUUCAGAUGUUCUUGUGACUGUGCUGGAAACUACAUCUGUGAAACAUCUACUCGUCGCUGUACAAAUAGUGGAUGUGUCGACAUUUGCUCUACUUGCGCAAUAGGUGGACGGGACUAUCCUGGCGGUGGUUCCAAGUUUGAAGCCGUGUUGGAAGGGACAAGAAUGGAAUGCACGUGCGAUUGUGAAGGAAACUUUGUGUGCAGAGGCGGCGGACGGGAAUGCACGAGUCGAGGAUGUGUUCCUAUUUGUCGUCAGUGUAAUAUUGAUGGAAAGCUUUUUGAUAACGCCACUGGUUUCACCUCUAUUGCAUUUGGUGAAACUAUGCAAUGCACGUGCUCAUGUGACGGUACGUAUACAUGUCGCGGUGAAUUGCGCACUUGCUCGUCUGCUUCCGGUUGUGUAAGCAACUGUAGAAUGUGUCUCAUUGACGGGCGUGAAUACGAACAGAGCUCCAAUUUCCAAGCUAGUAUUGGCCGAAUCGUGUUCAGAUGUUCUUGUGACUGUGCUGGAAACUACAUCUGUGAAACAUCCACUCGUCGCUGUACAAAUAGUGGAUGUGUCGACAUUUGCUCUACUUGCGCAAUAGGUGGACGGGACUAUCCUGGCGGUGGCUCCAAGUUUGAAGCCGUGUUGGAAGGGACAAGAAUGGAAUGCACGUGCGAUUGUGAAGGAAACUUUGUGUGCAGAGGCGGCGGACGGGAAUGCACGAGUCGAGGAUGUGUUCCUAUUUGUCGUCAGUGUAAUAUUGAUGGAAAGCUAUUUGAUAGCGCCACUGGUUUCACCUCUAUUGCAUUUGGUGAAACUAUGCAAUGCACGUGCUCAUGUGACGGUACGUUUACAUGUCGCGGCGAAAUGCGCACUUGCUCGUCUGCUUCCGGUUGUGUUAGCAACUGUAGAAUGUGUCUCAUUGACGGGCGGGAAUACGAACGGAGCUCCAACUUCCAAGCUAGUAUUGGCCGAAUCGUGUUCAGAUGCUCUUGUGACUGUGCUGGAAACUACAUCUGUGAUACAUCUACUCGUCGCUGCACCAAUGACGGAUGUGUCGACAUUUGCUCUACUUGCGCAAUUGGAGGACGCGACUAUCCUGGCGGUGGUUCCAAGUUUGAAGCCGUGCUGGAAGGGACAAGAAUGGAAUGCACGUGCGAUUGUGAAGGGAACUUUGUUUGCAAAGGCGGCGGACGGGAAUGCACGAGUCGAGGAUGUGUUCCUAUUUGUCGUCAGUGUAAUAUUGACGGAAAGCUAUUUGAUAGCGCCACUGGUUUUACCUCUAUUGCAUUUGGUGAAACUAUGCAAUGCACGUGCUCAUGUGACGGUACGUAUACAUGUCGCGGUGAAUUGCGCACUUGCUCGUCUGCUUCCGGUUGUGUUAGCAACUGUAGAAUGUGUCUCAUUGACGGGCGUGAAUACGAACAGAGCUCCAACUUCCAAGCUAGUAUUGGCCGAAUCGUGUUCAGAUGCUCUUGUGACUGUGCUGGAAACUACAUCUGUGAAACAUCUACUCGUCGCUGUACAAAUAGUGGAUGUGUCGACAUUUGCUCUACUUGCGCAAUUGGUGGACGCGACUAUCCUGGCGGUGGUUCCAAGUUUAGCGCCCUGCUGGAAGGGACGAGAAUGGAAUGCACCUGCGAUUGUGAAGGGAACUUUGUGUGCCGAGGAGGCGGACGGGAAUGUACGAGUCGAGGGGGCUGCGUGUCAGUUUGCCGAGAGUGUAGCAUUGAUGGAAAAGUCUUCAGCUCAAGUAAUGGCUUCUACGCGUCCGUGUACGGUGAAAAUAUGCAAUGUGACUGCAACUGCGAUGGUACCUUUAUUUGUCGUGGGCAGAGAAGGACUUGCAGCUCAUCUUCCGGCUGCGUCAGUAACUGUCGGUCUUGUGUCAUUGAUGGCCGCAAUUAUGCGGAGAGUGCGGGAUUCAGUGCGUCGAUUGGUCGAACCAUUUACCAGUGUACAUGCGACUGCGACGGAAAUUACGACUGCCGCAGUUCAUCACGUAUUUGUACAAACUCUGGCUGCGUUGACACGUGCUCUAGUUGUACGAUCGGUGGACGCCAGUAUGCUGGACAGUCUACAUUUGAUACUGUGUUGGAGGGGACAUUCAUGCAGUGUUCGUGUGAUUGCAGCGGGAAUUAUGAAUGUCGUGGAGGUGGACGCCUCUGUACUUCGUCCGGUUGCGUAGAUGAGUGUCGAUCUUGUGUCAUUUAUGGCCGCAGUUUCAGCCAAGUGAACGUUGAUUUCCUUGCUGACGUAAGUGGCGUAAGAAUGACGUGCCGAUGUGACUGUUUAGGAAGUUGGAAAUGUACAAGCGAAGGACGUGUCUGUACGGAUUCAUUUGGGUGUGUGGAUUCAUGCCCAGGAUGUAGCAUAGAAGGAAAAAGUUAUCAAGGGAACACUCGCUUCGAACUGUUCCACAACGCUUAUGGAAUACGUAUGCAGUGUGAAUGUGAAUGCGGUGGAAGUUAUCGUUGCGAGGGAGUUAAGAAUGUCACGCAAUGUUUUGGACCCGGAUGCACGGGAAAUGGAUGCAACAAUUGCGUCGUCAAGGGAAGAGAGUACGCCGGAAAUAGCCGUUUUGAAGCUAUAAUAGACGGAAUAAGGAUGCAAUGUACAUGCUCGUGCACUGGUGGUUAUAGAUGCCAGGGGAGCGUGACGGAAACAAAAUGUUACGGAAGCGGAUGUAACGGAGGUCAAUCGCAGUCGUGUGACUCAUGUUACGUGAACGGGCGGCAGUAUGCAGGGAACUCGCAGUUUGAGACCAUAGGAGAUGCUGGCAUACGACUGCAAUGCACAUGCGAUUGUGAUGGCCGUUACUCGUGCAGAGGCGAGGAGACAAGCACGGUGUGUGUUGGAAACGGAUGCGAUGGAGGCAGCACGUGUAGAACGUGUUUGGUGGAUGGACGCGAACACGCAGGCGGCUCGACAUUUCAGCGUACAGAAACCGGCGUAACCUUUGACUGCACAUGUGCGUGCACUGGAGAAUAUAAAUGUGUAGGCCGUCGGGUCGUUUGCGAAGGGCCGAAUUGCGGCACUGGAGGGUGUAAGCGCUGCGUAAUAGACGGACGUCCCUUCACCGGAAAUACACGGUUCACGUACCAGAAGGGUAGUAUCGAGUACACGUGCACAUGUUUCUGCGAUGGAUCACACAGCUGCACCGGAUCCACGGGUUUUGAAACCUCCUGUGUUGGGGAAAGCUGCGCUUCGGAUCAUUGCAGAAGUUGUAUGCUUGACAAAAAUGAAUACCAGCUUGAUGCCCGUUUCCGAUUACGAAAGAAUAAUCUAGAUAUGAACUGUGUCUGUGAAUGUGAUGGCGCUUACAGGUGUUUUAGUAUUUCCGGAACUUGUUUUGGUGAUGAAUGUGAUGAUUAUGGCUGCAGCGCGUGCACUGUUAACGGCCUUUCGUACUCCGCCAAUACUGAGUUUGAGCUUGAAGGCGGGCUUUCAUGCACGUGCGAUUGUAAUGGAGAAUACAAUUGCCACAACAAGAAUUUCAAGAUAACGUGUAAUGGACCUGAUUGUGGCGUUGACAAUAAGUGCAAACGUUGCAACGUGGAUGGCGAGCUGUUUCCAGGCAACGAGAGGUUCCAGUUUCAAAAGUAUGGCUUAUUUAUGCAAUGUGCGUGCAACUGUGACUCAACAUAUACUUGUAGAGGGUACCAGAUUAUAUCUACCGGAGAAAAUCCGGAAGACACCGGGUGCAAUUCGUGCGUGCUCGCGAAUGGACAGAGAAUAAACGGAAACACCCGAUUCCAAGCGAUCAUUGACGGAGAAAGAAAAGUGUGCUCGUGUAAUUGCGAGGGACAAUAUACUUGCCAAGGUUCAACGGUGGACUGCCGAGAUUGUGUCAUCGAUGGUACUACGUAUUCGAGCAAAGCAGAUUUUACAUUGUCAAGAAACAGUCAUAAUAUUCGCUGCCGAUGUAACUGUAACGGGGAUUUCGUAUGUGAAGGGAAGAGAUUAGUACCGUCUGAAGUGCAUGAUGGCUGUCGGAAGUGUCUUAUAUUUGGGGUACCGUACAAGGGAGACUCACGGUUUACAACCGAUGUCGGUGGUGUUCGAAUGCUCUGCGAUUGUCAAUGUAGCGGCGAGUAUUCAUGUCGGGGUUACCGAAGUGUUACGAACAUCCUACUUCCUGCUGAACGGGAAGAGCCGGAAUCUUGCGAACCUUGCUACGUGGCAAAUCAGCAGCGCCCCGGAAACAGCCGAUUCAUAAUUCAACGAGCGUGUUACAGCAUCAAAUGUGUUUGUGGAUGUGACGGAACUUGGGAUUGCCCGCAACAGGUGCCAGAGUACAUCUGCACCGGAAAUGAGCCGGAAUUGAUAUCAUCGGCACGAGAACAGGCCCGCUACAGCAUCGCCGGAAGUCACGUAUUCAGCUCAGGUUCCGAGACGAUAACAUCCGAGUCGUCUGUCGUCGUGGCGGAAGAGGAGAAGACGACAGUGUUUGGCGAUAGCGCAUGCGCACCGUGUUAUAUAAAUAACCGCACGCAUGCGGCUGGGUCUGAAUUUGUUCUGCAAGAUGGCUGUUUCCGAUGGUCGUGCACGUGCAACUGUGGGAAGCUGGAGUGUAAUGCUGUGAUCGGCACCGACUGUGUAGGAUCCCUGUUACCAUGGGAGAUGACGGAAUGUAUUCAGUGUAGAGCCUUCAACAACGCUUACCCGCCGAACAAGUGGUUUACAGCAAACGAUACUUGCUAUCAAUACCAGUGCAUGUGCAAUUGUGACGGAAGCUUCGAAUGCCCGCCAAAACACACCGUGCAGAUUUGCGACCGACCAGACGAGAUAUACGACCCCUCACGAGGCACGUGCAGACAGUGCGUCAUAGGUCUGAACUCGUACGACUACGGCAAGCAGUUUACAAAAAUAGAUGAUUGCAUACAGUACACAUGUAAUUGUAACUGUGACGGCUCCUACAACUGUCCCGGAAGUACCGGCGUCCGUGUGUGCCGUGGAGGCUCCGGUGCCGGUGGUCGCAUAAUCUCAACCGGAACCUCAAGGGAACAGGGUGGAAGCAACACAAUCACCCAGCCGGGGAGAACCUUCGUCGCGAUACGGCCAGCGGGCUUCGGUUCAGGCUCUUCCUACGCAGCGACUACUGGAAGUAGAUACUCUGUGAACACGUUUGGUGCUGACGGCUCUGCAGGCGUUGCCGGAAGUCAAAGUUCUCAAACCGGAGGUGGUGCCUCUAGUGUGUCCACUUAUGGGUCAGGUGGCGGCGCGGGCGGCGGCAGUGUCGACUCUGGGAGUUACACCGCCAGCCAAGGAUCGUAUACAGGUGGUGCUUCUAGUUCCGGUGUCGUUGGUGAGGGCAGUUACUCCAGAAGCGGAAGUUCCAAUGUAGGCUACGGCAGUGUCGAUGAUGGGAGUGUCAGCGGAAGUCAGGGAUUCUAUUAUACAGAUGGGGGCGUUUCUAGAACCGGCGGAGUAGGUAGUGCAUCUAGUUCUGGUACGAGUGUCGGCUAUGGCAGUGUAAGCGCCGGAAGUGGUGGAAGCUACUCUGGAAGCCAAGGAUCUUACAAUGGAGGAAGCGUGUCUAGUUCCAGUAACGGUAACAAUGUCGGCUACGCCAGCGUUAAUGGCGGCGGCGGUGGCAGUGUUAGCGGAGGCCAGGGGUCGUACACAGAAGGAAGCGGAGUUACAGGAAGCAGUUAUGGUGUCGGUGGUGGAAGUAGUUCCGGUGUCGGAGGUGGGGGCAGCUCAGGAGGUGUCUAUGUGCAAGGAUCCUUCACAUCGUCAGGAGAAUCAGCCACAUCCGGGUCAGGAAGUUCAUCGUCCUCCUCGUCUUAUUCAUCAUCAUCAUCAUCAUCAUCCUCUUCAUCGUCUUCUUCUGGUGGAAGUAAUGGAGGAAUAUCUGGCUCGUGGACCGGCAAUAACGUCAUAACAGAUCGUGAGGUCAUUGGUGAUGACGAAAUAGGGUCACAAAACUGCCAGGACUGUGUUGUCCAAGGAGAGAUUCUAAAGGGAGGCCGCGACUUCACCUACAGAUCCGGCUGCCUGGAACACCUCUGCGAGUGUUUCUGUAACGGAACUCAUGUCUGCGACCCUGAUAGGCAGAUCGACUUCUGUGAAGAGGACAAGCAAACAAAGCCAAUCGGGUGCAAAGUCGGAAACCGCGUCUACAAGACUAAGCUGUUUUCAUACGUCGAUGGCUGUAAGAAAAAAGUGUGCCGAUGCUAUCCAAAUGGAUCUCACACGUGCGAUGAGAGGAAAACAAGAGUGAUAUGCUGACGUCAUCAAACUUUCUGACGUCAUAUUUAGAACGUUUCUUGUUUUCCGUAUUUAGUACUGUCAUCAUUUUUUUAAUUGAGACAUGGGUUGAAGUGAUUAAGUAUAUUAAAAUUCGGGAGUUGUAUUGUGUGUGUUGAAUACCAUUAGACAAACAUAUGACCAUCAAUUUACUUGAUUGAUUUAAAAUAAGUUAAAGGACAUUUGCAUGUUUUUAAUGCAAUAUUAUCUAUAUAUUGUUUCCAUUAUAUUUGUCGGAGUGUAUCGCGUAAUGUAUUUUUAGUAAAUAUAAAUUUGCUUGGUUGUUGAAGUUUGCAGGAAAUGUAUUAAAUUCUUUAUUUUGUGUUUGAAGUAAAACGUUGAUUGUAACUAUAUGUAUAUGACUUUUUUGUAUAGGGCAUGAAAGAAAAUAAAAUGUUUUUCAUG